AUGCAAGACACUGAUGCUUAUGGGAGCGCCUCUGGCGUUCACGACCCAUCGCACUCUCUCGCGUUCAUCUCACAGGUGUCCGCUGAGCGAGUUUUGCGUUCUGCUCGGAAUUCUGACGAGGAUUGGGCAGGCGUCGUGGGUGGGUGCCAAGCUGGCGGGUGCGGAUGCACAAAUUGGAGCAGGGGAGACACCGCGCGGGUGCGGGAAGUGAAGCUCGUUGGGCCAGCCGAAUUUCCCGAGAGACGCGUCGCAGAGCAUCAGACCUCUGGGAUGAUGGCGACGGGAGACAGGCAGUCAUAUGUUGCUCCGGGCCAGAGCCUGCCGACCGAGUCGCACUCUCUGCUCCCCUCCCCUCCUCCUCCUCCUCUCCUCGUCGACGACGACGACGACACAGAGCUCGUCUCCCGCGGUUUCCUCCCCUUUUAA